UGUGAGUCCAAGCUUUGUAUUUUGACAGUUGUUGCAAAUCAGUCUUUGAAGCCAGGGCACCAAAUCAGCCACCAAACCACCACACAAAUGUUGGUUUUUACACACAUUACAUGUCACUGUAAAUCUUAGACAGAAGGUGACAUGUGAGAAACAUCUGUUCACAGAACUGAGUACUUCCUGCUACUUUAUAUAAAGUAGCUGUCAGAACAUCAGUAGAUGCAGAGCAAACAUCAACACCUGAGCUAUUUCCAACUUUCCAUCAGUGAGCAGUGCUAUAGUCAGCAUGUCAGAGCUCAAAGGAUGUUCCCCCAGAGACGCUGAAAUUAACUAAACCUUUAUCAGAUUUUAUCUGCACGUCCAUCCUUGUGCUUCACCAGCAGCAAGAAACAACAAUGGGGCUACUCAGCAUGAAGAUGAAUCUGGCUCUGCUUUGGGGGAUAUCUGUUUUGUUUGCUAUGGAGUCCAUGAGUGCUUUCAUCCCAAAUACCAACUCAACUGCUGAACCAGACAAGACAACCGCGAAGCUCAUAAGUAGCUCAUAUGUACUUCACCCUGAAACUCAGAAACCUGCAGAGAUAAGUGUUGCUGCACCAGCGGAGACCACUGUGUCACCCACAGUGGAAACAAAAGAGGCAAUCAUCACUGACAGAAGUGACAGCACAUCUGGUUUGGUUGCCAUGAAUACUGUGGCAACAACUACAAGCAGUUCAGGUCCACCAUUGCUUCAUAUCUCCACAGCGGUGACCACAACUGCAGGUGCAACGCAUCCUUCUAACAACACGACGAUCUCAGAGACAGCCAAACCUACAGAGGAUCACAUACGUCAACAAUCACCAAGCACUUCUACAGACACGACUGCUCCUGCAACAGCUUCUGCAGCAUCUACACUGGAGGUGCCUUCCCCGCAGCCUACAUCCACCACUAAGCCUGAAGUUACGUCCAAGUUAUCUUCUACCACCUCUCCUGCUAAUUCUUCUCCAUCUCCAGUCUUCACCCAGACCCUCAGCAGUCCCUCACCUUCUACUACAGCCAUAACAAUAGCUAACCCCACCUCUGAGGCAGCACCUGUGUUUGACCCCACAACAAGUGAGACAUCCACCACCAGCACUGAGCUUUCGUCUACGUCUCAGCCCGUUUCUGUGACAAAAAUACCCAUCUCCACAACAGGGUCGAGCUCUACCGCUGAACCCCCAAACAUCUCAUUCACAACCGAUUCUCCCAUCCCCACGACCAAUGUCUCCACCACCAAUGUCUCCACCAGUCCUGCAGGAAUCUUGAUCCCUCGUGUGUCCAAGAGGUUGCCAAACCCGACCACCAAAUCCAAUCGGGCAACUACAACAGCACCUCGUGAAGUCUCAAAGAGCCCACUCAGCACCGAGGCCCAACCCUGCUCCACCCGAGGCGUGGUGAAGAACUGCCUCAUCGUCAUCGCCUCCUUGGCCGCGUUGGCCACCGCCUUUAUUGUCUCUACCGUCAUCCUCUGCGCCAAGCUUUCAACAAGGAAGUACAAAGUCAAGAAGACAUCUCAGCCGGCCACAGAGAUGAUGUGCAUCUCAGCCCUGCUGCCUGAGAGGAAUUACACCUACUCAAGACAACGCAAUCCAGUCACUAACGGAGUCCUGGUGAUCCACGGUGGUGCAGACAGCGAUGAGGACGGAGGAGAUAACCUUACUCUCAGCAGCUUCCUUCCAGAAAAUGACCGCUUUGUUUAGAUGGAAUUAUCAUUAUUGUCAUCAGACUGAUCCGUCUGAUGUCAUUGAUGUGGAAACAGUUGCUGUUUGAAUAAACUUGUGCUUCCCGUUUGAUGUUGGUGGUUUGGCUUGGCUGCACACCCUAUUGCUGUGGAGGAAGAGACAUAGAAACCACAAACAAAACAGUUACUGUUUCAUCUUCAUGUUGCUCUAACCGUAUCUGGCAUCAGGACAUCUAAUGUGUAUUUUAGGCAGGAGUUAAGACUUUUUGCAUAAUUUUACACUUGCCCUCCACAAGAGACUUUAAGUCGGGAUGAGGAAAGUGAACUAAGAAUUUUUUCUUUGCACUUCCUGAGCUGAGCUCUGAUGGUAUUUCACUCAGCGACGGGAGACAGGAAGGCUUGUUUUGUCUAGGGAUUACUGUUCUUCAGUGCUAUUCAGGUAGCACAGAGGCUUCAUUUUAUGAACGCUGUAAUUUGAUUAAUGACAAACUGUAUGUGACUGUUUAUGUGGGUGUAGAUAUGCAGCUUCUGUAUUGUGAUAAUUUAUUAA